AUGUCGGAUUCCGAAGAAGAAUAUGACCACGACGACGACGACGAGCUCUACAUCAGCGACGACAACAUCAUGAGCACCGGAAUGGCAUCCAAGUCGAGGAAAGAUGGGAUGGAAAUGGGCAAGUACUCUUCCCGAGCCGACGGAAAGCCUCAGGAUCUUGUCGCGAAAGAGAACAAACCCAAAGCUGGAGGGGGUCGUGAUCCUGGCAAGAAGAGGCACAAACCAAAGGAGCACGGUGAUCCGGAAGGAAAACCCAAAGGCCCUCAUGGGAGGAAGCAAGAGCACGACGACGACGAGGAUGAGGACGAAGACGACGAUGACGAUGAAGACGGCGACGAGGAAGACAACGAAGAUAACGACGACAGCGAGAACGACGAUCACGAUGAUGAGCGCGACGAUGACGACGACGAUCUUGUUGAAGGCUCCGCACAGAACAAAGACAAGAACUCUGGGAUGUAUGCCUCAUCGGCAUUCAAGGAUCUGGCCGUCGGAGACGACAUCAAGGAGCUGUUCCAGUACAUCUCGCGGUACAAGCCGCAAGAUAUGGACGUUGACACACUGCUCAAGCCAUUCAUCCCGGACUACAUCCCGUCGAUCGGGGACAUUGACGCCUUCAUCAAGAUCCCGCGGCCAGAUCACAAGCCCGAAGCGCUGGGGUUGAUGCUCCUGGAUGAGCCCAACGGGAGGCAAUCCGAUCCCACAGUGCUGGACCUCACUCUGAGGGCCGUGACCAAAUCCAGCGCACCCAUCCCUCAGAUCGUCCGGUCGAUUGAUGCAGAGACGCUGCGCACAAAGCCCAAGCGCAUCGACGCCUGGAUCGAGAGCGUCAAGGAGCUGCAUGCCGCAAAGCCGCCUCUGUCUGUGGCGUAUUCGAAGCGGAUGCCGGACAUUGAGGACCUGAUGCAAGUUUGGCCUCCCGAGAUCGAGGCAGCCGUCAGCGAGAUCGUCUUGCCCAGCCCCGCCAUCGACCUGGCGCUCCCCCUCUAUGUGCAGCUCAUCAACACAGUCUUGGAUAUCCCUGUCAGCACAGUCUCCUCCAAGCCUGGACCGCAGAGACCGUCGCAGCCGCCGCCGCAGAGCCACGCGAUGCUGUCCGCCGGCGCUCAGACAAUCGAGUCCCUGCAUGUACUAUUUACCCUGUACUCGGAGUUCAAGAACUCGCACCAUUUCAAGGCGCUGCAGCGCAUGUCAGGCGAUUCUCAGAUGGAGCUCGGGCUGGAGGGCGUGGCUCCGGCGGCCAAGUAG